UCCCCUCCCUGUCUGCUGUCUCACCAGCAGGUACACUCAUCAGCCAUGAGAAACUCCUGCUCCAGAUCAACACAGAGAGAGAGAUGGGAAACAUGGACUACAAACUGGGACAGGUGUCCAUCCAUUCUGUGUGGCUGGGCAACAACAUUACCCCUCUGAGAGAGGAAGAGUGGGGUGAGGAUGAGGAAGAUGAUACUGAUACUCCGGCCCCCGCCUCUCUUCCUACCUCUCCUAUCAACUCCAGGAAGCAUCGUGCAGGUGUAGACAUCCACUCCUGUUCUCAGUUCCUAUUGGAGCUCUACAGCCAGUGGCUCCUCCCCGGUUCCCCUAGCAACAGACGCACCCCUGUUGUGCUCAUCAGCGAGGUCGUCCGAUCGUUGUUGGCGGUCUCUGACCUGUUCACGGAGCGUAACCAGUUCGACAUGAUGUUCACCACCCUGAUGGAGCUGCAGAAGAGCCAUCCUGCUGAAGAUGAGAUCGUGAACCAGUACCUGGUGCCUGCUCUCUGCAAGGCUGCAGCUGUACUGGGCAUGGACAAGGCUACAUCUGAACCUGUGUGUCGGGUGUUGGAGCUGACCCUGCGCAGCACCCACCUCCCCAGCCGUAUGGGAGCGCUGCACGGCCUUCUGUACGUACUGGAGUGUGACCUGCUGGACGACACGGUGAAACAGCUGAUACCUGCUGUCUCUGAGUACAUACUGAGUAACCUACGGGCCAUAGCACACUGUGUGAACCUGCACAACCAGCAGCAUGUCUUGGUGAUGUGCGCUGUGGCCUUUUACAUGAUGGAGAACUACCCUCUGGAUGUAGGAGCUGAGUUUACAGCUGGGGUUAUACAGAUGUGUGGUGUGAUGGUAUCAGCCAGUGAAGACUCGACCCCCUCAGUGAUCUACCACUGUGUGUUGCGUGGGUUGGAGCGCCUCCUGCUGUCGGAGCAGCUGUCUCGUAUGGACGGAGAGGCACUGGUUAAACUGAGUGUCGACAGGGUUAACAUGCCCAGCCCUCACAGAGCCAUGUCUGCACUGGGACUCAUGCUCACCUGCAUGUACACAGCGGUGCGUACCUCAGCGUCGACAGCAGAGUCAGCGUUGGGGUCAGAGGUGAUGGGGUCAGAGGUUAGAGGUCAGGGGUCAGAGGUUACCUCGGGUCCUGUUGCUUUCUCCUCAGGCAAGGAGAAGGCCAGCCCUGGUCGCCCGGCCGGCGCUGUCGACCCUCAGGCCCCCGACAGCGAGUCUGUCAUCGUUGCCAUGGAGAGGGUCUCUGUGCUCUUCGACAGGAUCCGUAAGGGUUUCCCCAGCGAGGCACGGGUGGUGGCCAGGAUUCUUCCUCAGUUCCUGGACGACUUCUUCCCUCCGCAGGACGUCAUGAACAAGGUCAUCGGAGAGUUCCUGUCCAAUCAGCAGCCUUACCCACAAUUCAUGGCUACCGUCGUCUACAAGGUGUUCCAGACCCUCCAUGCUACAGGCCAGUCCAGUAUGGUGACAGACUGGGUGUUACUGUCUCUAUCUAACCCUCCCUCUCUCUCUAACUCUGUCUCUCAGGUGUUCCAGACCCUCCAUGCUACAGGCCAGUCCAGUAUGGUGACAGACUGGGUGUUACUGUCUCUAUCUAACCCUCCCUCUCUCUCUAACUCUGUCUCUCAGGUGUUCCAGACCCUCCAUGCUACAGGCCAGUCCAGUAUGGUGACAGACUGGGUGUUACUGUCUCUAUCUAACCCUCCCUCUCUCUCUAACUCUGUCUCUCAGGUGUUCCAGACCCUCCAUGCUACAGGCCAGUCCAGUAUGGUGACAGACUGGGUGUUACUGUCUCUAUCUAACCCUCCCUCUCUCUCUAACUCUGUCUCUCAGGUGUUCCAGACCCUCCAUGCUACAGGCCAGUCCAGUAUGGUGACAGACUGGGUGUUACUGUCUCUAUCUAACUUCACCCAGAGAACCCCAGUUGCCAUGGCCAUGUGGAGUCUGUCUUGCUUCUUCAUCUCUGCCUCCACCUCCCAGUGGGUCUCUGCUCUCCUGCCCCAUGUCAUCAGCCGUAUGGGUAAGAGUGACGUGGUGGACAUCAGCCUGUUCUGUCUGGUAGCCCUGGACUUCUACAGACACCAGCUAGAUGAAGAGUUGGACCGCAGAGCCUUCCAGUCGGUCUUCCAGACCGUAGCCUCACCUGGCAACACCUAUCAGCAACUACUGGACUGUCUGCAGAGUAUCCACCAAGACACAUCACUCUGAGAGAGAGAGAUGUAGCUCCUAUCACCAGACAUCAGAGA